CCACCAGCCCCAGCCAUGCAGGGAACCUGGCUGCUGCUACUGCUGGGUCUCCAACUACAGCUGUCACUCAGUGUCAUCCCAGUGGAGGAGGAGAACCCAGCCUUCUGGAACCAAAAGGCAGCCGAGGCUCUCAAUGUCGCCAAGAAGCUGCAGCCCAUUCAGACAUCAGCCAAGAACCUCAUCAUCUUCAUGGGGGAUGGUAUGGGGGUGCCCACAAUAACAGCAACUCGGAUCCUAAAGGGCCAGUUGGAAGGUCAUCUAGGACCUGAGACGCCCCUAGCCAUGGACAGCUUCCCAUACAUGGCUCUGUCCAAGACAUACAGUGUGGACAGACAGGUCCCAGACAGUGCAAGCACAGCCACAGCCUACCUGUGUGGGGUCAAGACCAACUACAAGACCAUUGGUGUGAGCGCAGCUGCACGAUUCAAUCAGUGCAACACCACGUUUGGCAACGAGGUCAUCUCAGUGAUGUAUCGUGCAAAGAAAGCAGGAAAAUCUGUGGGAGUGGUGACCACCACCAGGGUGCAGCACGCCUCUCCGUCCGGCACGUAUGUUCACACGGUGAACCGUGACUGGUAUGGGGAUGCUGAUAUGCCUGCCUCGGCAAGACAGGAAGGCUGCAAGGAUAUUGCUACACAACUCAUCUCCAACAUGGACAUUAAUGUAAUCCUUGGUGGGGGCCGAAAAUACAUGUUUCCAGAAGGAACCCCAGACCCUGAGUAUCCAUAUGAUGUUAACCAGACUGGAACUAGGCUUGAUGGCCGGAACCUGGUGCAGGAAUGGCUGUCAAAGCACCAGGGAUCCCAGUAUGUUUGGAACCGUGAAGAACUCAUCCAGAAGUCCCUGGAUCCAUCAGUGACAUACCUCAUGGGCCUCUUUGAGCCUGUAGACACAAAAUUCGAGACGCAGCGAGACCCCUUGAUGGAUCCGUCUCUGAAGGACAUGACAGAGGCAGCCCUGAGGGUACUCAGCAGGAACCCCAAAGGCUUUUACCUCUUUGUGGAGGGUGAGUGUCCAGGACCCCGUGAAAAGAGGGACAGUCGGCAGGGACAGGCUCAGGCUCAAGCUCCUUGGCUCCCUGCAGGGGGCCGGAUCGACCGUGGUCACCAUCUGGGCACAGCGUAUCUGGCGCUGACUGAGGCCGUCAUGUUCGACACAGCCAUCGAGAAGGCCAGCCAGCUUACCAGCGAGAAGGACACACUGACCAUUGUCACCGCUGACCACUCCCAUGUUUUCUCCUUUGGUGGCUACACACUUCGGGGCACCUCCAUCUUCGGGCUGGCCCCCCUCAAAGCUCUAGAUGGCAAGUCCUACACCUCCAUCCUGUAUGGCAAUGGCCCGGGCUAUGUUGGUACAGGCGAAAGACCCAAUGUCACCACUGCCGAAAGCCAUGACUCCUCGUACCGGCAGCAGGCGGCUGUGCCUGUGAAGUCGGAGACUCACGGCGGGGAGGACGUGGCGAUAUUUGCGCGUGGCCCGCAGGCUCACCUGGUGCACGGAGUGCAGGAGCAGAACUACAUCGCGCACGUCAUGGCCUUUGCAGGCUGCCUGGAACCCUACACCGACUGCGGCCUGGCGCCCCCUGCGGACGACAGCAGUGCAACAGCCCCGAGCCAGACCUCCAGGACAACCAGACAGACCACCACCCCUGUCCAGGGCAGCGCUGGAAGCCUGGGCCCAGCCACCACCCCGCUAACCCUGACGCUGCUGGCAGGAACGCUUUUGCUGCUACUGGGGACUGCUGCAGAGUCCUAA